AUGCCCUCCAACGUCCAGAAUGUCGGCAUCAAGGCCCUGGAAAUUUAUUUCCCUAGUCGAUACGUUCCACAAAGCGAGCUUGAGACCUAUCUGGGGGCCAGUGCUGGUAAAUUCACGAUUGGCCUGGGUCAGCAGAAGAUGAGCUUCUGUGAUGACCGUGAAGAUAUCUAUUCCAUGGCGCUUACAGCGGUCUCGUCCCUGAUGACAAAGUACCAUAUUGACCCGAUGUCCAUUGGCCGGUUGGAAGUGGGGACGGAAACGUUGCUUGACAAAUCAAAAUCUUGCAAGUCGGUUCUCAUGCAACUGUUCGGGGAGAACUCGGAUAUCGAGGGAGUGGACACCUACAACGCCUGCUAUGGUGCAACCAGUGCCUUGUUGAAUGCGGCCAACUGGAUCGAAUCGUCCACGUGGGACGGGCGCGACGCCAUUGUCGUGGCGGGCGACAUCGCUCUGUACGACAAGCCCGCCGCUCGCCCGACCGGCGGCGCCGGCUGUGUAGUCAUGCUAAUUGGCCCCGAUGCACCGCUGGUGUUGGAGCCCUUUCGUGGAACGUACAUGAAGCACGUCUACGACUUCUACAAGCCGGACUUUAAAUCCGAGUACCCCAUAGUCGAUGGAUAUUUCUCCAACGCAUGCUAUCUCGAGGCAUUGGACAAGUGCUACGAACGGUACCGUACCAAAUCUCUGGCUAAAAAUGCCGGGUUCGCAAACGAGCCCGUAAAUCCCGCGAGGAGCUUUUUGGAUACCUUUGACUAUUUCGCCUUCCAUGCGCCUUACUGCAAGCUCGUCUCCAAGGCGUACGGUCGUCUGUUGCUCAACGAUCUCCGGACUCAGCCUAACUACUUUGGCGAUAUUCCAGCAGCGAUCCGCGACAUUGAGCAGUCUGUGUCUCUGACGGACAAAGGCGUUGAGAAGACUUGCAUCGGGCUAACCAAGGAAAGGUUCCUCGAGCGUGUCCAACCAUCCAUUACAGUAUCCACAAAUUGCGGGAACAUGUACACCGCUAGUGUCUACUCCGGGCUGGUGAGCUUGCUGAGCAAUGUUUGUAGUAAGGAACUACAGAACAAGCGCAUCGGCAUGUUCAGCUAUGGCGGUGGUCUGGCUAGCACUCUAUGUAGCUUUCGUGUCAAGGGGGAUACUUCUUUGAUCGCGGAGCAGGUUCGGUUGAAUGAGCGUCUGGAAAGUCGCACGGCGGUCUCGCCAGAGUUUUAUAACGAGAUGUGCAACCUCCGCGAGAAAGCCUAUCAGCGGAAGAGCUAUACACCCGAGGGGAGCGUCGAUAGCCUGGCUCCCAGUACCUAUUACCUUGUCCAUGUUGACGAGAUGUUUCGACGAAGUUAUGAGAAAAAGCUGGUUGGCUGA